CUUGCAGCUGCGUACACAAAUAAUAUCGAUGAAUACACCAUAUAGGAGACAUUAAGUAGGCAUUAGUGAAUAACCGUUAUUAAGUCUAAUAAUUGUCGCAGGUAUUGACACGUCAAUCAAAUAAAUACAACAAUAUAUUGCCAUUAGAUAAAAUGCCAUUAGGAUUAUUCGAUAUUCGCACGACUCGUGUCGCCAGGAUGUGAUAUACUUAUUGAUAUUAAAAUACCUAUUUUAGUGAAAAACACAUUAUUGUCCGAUAUUAGUACCUUCUGCCGGACGUAGUCUAAUAUCAAUUAAGUAUCAAUACCCCUACUACCUAUUCAAAUUCGUCUUUAUAUAUUCUGAAAGAGCCAACAGUUCUUCAGUACGUUAUUAACCGUUGUACACGUAUACGCUCCGUCUCUAAAAAUUUUAGUGAGUUUAAAAUUUUUACAAGUGUUUAAACAUUUUAUUAUUUUUCUUUUCGUUUUCAUUUUAAAUAUGUUUAAAUGCGAACAGUGCCCAUCUACGUUUACGCGUAAGGACAAUUUGGUCGUCCACCAAAAGAAGCAUGCAGGUGUACGUUUUCCGUGCACUGCAUGCCCAUCGACAUUUUCGUAUAAAAACAACCUCAACAAGCAUCUGAAGAACAUUCAUGGUAUCGUUCCGGCUCACCUCAGACCAUUGCCAGCUGCUCCGAUCAUAGAUCAACCAGCACGACCUAGCGUCAUCCAGUUCGCGCCUCGUAUUGUUGCCCCCGAUAGCGCGGCCAAUGACACAUGCAUCAUAAUAGAAGAUGAGGACACAGGUAUUAUACGCGCUCGACCACUGCAACGAGGUGAAAUAGAGAUCGCCCCGAAUAUUAUAGUACCAGAUAUACCCGCUGGUCCCUCAUACGAGCUUCAACAUCAGUCGAAUAUGCCAAACGAUGGGUAUGAUGAUAUGUGCGUGGCAGUUUUAGAAAAUGCUCAAAAUAAAGGGCUAUGCAAAGCGUCAGAUUCUUAUACGACUUCGGUGGGUGGCAAACGCAUUUCCAUCGCCAACACAGUGUCAGCUGUUAAGGCGAAAAAGGCUCGUAUGGAACUGGUUAGAUCCCCGGGUCUUAGAGAAAUUUCAUCGUCUGGAAAACGUAGAAUAGUGUGGUAUUUCGCGAAAAAUCUAAAUAAUAUUAGAAAUUAUCCCGACUUUCUCCGUUCUCUCCAACCGGCUCUGACAGACAGGCUAAGGACGCACGCGCAGAGACAUCCAAUAAAAUUUAGCUUGAAGCUCGAGGCUACGUAUAACCGACCAAACGUACCUAAUUCAUCUGAAAAUCGAGCGUUUACAACAUCAGCCAAAGAAAUAUUUAGGGGUACAAAAAUCGAAACAGUAGUUGAAGAAUCUUUUAUGAAAUUAUUAGCUGAGGAAGACGCUUAUGUUUCUCGUGGUAGCGGGUUUACGUUAGAGUCCAUCGAUGGUUUACUACUAGCCGUUUAUAAGUAUACACCAAUAUCUGGUUCAUCAUAUAUACAAUUACCAAAAUCUAUCAUAGAUAAACGAGCAAUAAUAAAUCCUAAAAAUACAGACCAACAGUGUUUUAAAUGGGCUAUUUUAGCAAAACACGUCGCAGGACAAAACAAAUUUCGUGUCAAUGAAAAUUAUACCGAGCAUGAGGACAAAUAUAUUUUUAACGGAAUUUCAUUCCCGACACCGCUGUCAGAUAUUACCAAGUUCGAAAAAAAUAAUCAGAACGUUUCUGUAAAUGUUUACGGACUUGAAAAACGAUUACAGCCACCGAAAAAGUAUCCUUCAUAUGAGGUUUUCCCACUCAAAGUCGUAGAUGAUGAAAAACGGGAUCACUUUGACUUAUUAUUAGUGACGGAUGGUAAUAAUACACAUUAUACUUACAUCUCAAAUUUUUCGAGAUUACUCCGUUCGCAAAAAACUAGUCAUGCAGGUCAAGUUAUAUUCUGUAAACGUUGCUUUACAUCGUUCGACAGACAGAAUUUAAAGUAUAAGUUAAGCGGGCAGGCGGCGCUUGAACAUCACAGGCUAAUAUGCGGACCACAUAAACCCAUACGACCUAAAAUGCCAAAAGAGGGAGAUGUGCUACAAUUCACCGCAUGGCAAAACGCGCAGAGACAUCCCAUAGUUAUAUAUGCCGAUUUCGAGGCUCUACUUGUAAAGACCGAAGAGGAAAAGGGGGGUAAUACAACAAUUAUACAAAAACACCGUCCUAUGAGUUACGGAUUUUUAGUUAAGGCGUCUGAAAAUGUUUCAAUAGAGUUGUUAACACAAUUUAACAUACCGAUUGGACCAGUUAUAUACCGAGGUAGUGAAAGCAGGCAAGACGUGGCAAAACAUUUUAUACAGAAUAUCACUGACGUUGCCGAGAAAAUAGAAAAAUUAUUAAAGACAAACAUUGCUCUGACCAUGACCGAUGAAGACACAGCUAAACAUAAUUCAUGUUUUAAAUGUAAUUUAUGCAAAUGUAGUGUUGAUACAUACACCCGUGUCCGUGAUCACGAUCAUUUGACUGGGAAAUUCAGACAGACCUUGUGUAGUCGGUGUAAUCUAAGUCUUAAACAACCAAAUUACGUUCCAGUUUUUAUCCACAAUCUAUCCAACUAUGAUGCACAUUUCAUUGUAACCGAACUAGGUUAUAAUUCAAAAAGAAUAAAAGUAAUUCCGAACAGCGAGGAGAAAUACGUUACUUUUUCAAAAUAUAUAAGUAACGAUUUUACCAUCAGAUUCGUGGAUACUUUUAGAUUUAUGGCUACAAGCCUAUCAACUCUCGCCAACAAUCUAAUAACGCCAAACUUGGAAAAAUUCCGUAUAACGGCAAAACAUUUUUCCAACAAUGAUUUACCGCUCGUCACCCGUAAGGGUGUAUAUCCUUACGACUUCACUGAUGAUUGGUCUAAGCUCGAACAAACCUCUUUGCCGCCUAUAGAAGAUUUUUAUAGCGUUCUGACAGAAGAACAUGUUAAAGAUACGGAAUAUCAGUUUGCGGUAGAAGUUUGGAACCACUUCAAUUGUCAAACGCUGGGCGAAUAUUCCGAUCUAUAUUUAAAAGUUGAUGUUUUACUUCUGGCGGAUGUUUUUGAAAAUUUCCGGGACCUUUGCUUGAAUACAUACCAUUUAGACCCGGCAUACUAUUAUACAGCACCGGGGUUCUCUUUCGACGCAAUGUUGAAAUACACGGCGAUAAAACUAGAAUUACUGUCGGAUUAUGAAAUGCUUCUCAUGUUUGAAGACGGUAUUCGAGGUGGACUGACACAAGCCAGCAUGCGGUAUGCAAAAUCAAACAACGAAAAAACACCAGAUUACAACCCGGCAGAUCCGAAAUCAUGGCUUGUGUAUCAGGAUUGCAAUAAUCUUUACGGCUGGGCAAUGUCUCAGUUUAUGCCCUACGGAGAUUUCAAGUGGGGUUAAACCAUCACUCGACGGCUUAUACGAUUUGACUGAGGAUUCGCCCAUAGGACGGGU